AUGCCGAUAUUGAGAAGCAAGUAUCCAGACCUGCAGAUUCCUGAUAAUGUAUCAUGGCCGGACUUCGUUCUCUCGAAGUUUGACAAUUAUGGAGACAGGACAGCAAUUGUAAGAUUCUUCCUUUGAUGAAUAAUUACAUUUCUUAGUUUUCGAUUUUCGUGAUUUCACAUUCCAAAAGUAGAUUUUCGCUCGCAAGUCAGUAAAAAUCCGGUGAACAAGUACGUUGCAGAGUACAGCGCGCUUGUGGUCAAGUAUUGCGACAUAACAUCCUCACUGACCAUGGGAAGAGGAUGAUUAGGAUUUCGCCACAAAUAUUUGUCGAUUUUACUAUACGGUACAUUUACAUAGAUCCCAGCUCAGUCUGGAAUCAUUCGUUAUCUUGAAAGGAUCCUUUUUCCUACGUAGUCUUAAUUUUUCAACAGUAACAUCAACUAACGUUUCUGCCAUAUUGAUUUUGGGUGCAUGUCUUGUUUUGUUGUUUCCAGGCUCCACAGCAAUGAUGCUGGGGUACCAGGCCUCCUAUUUAGAGCCUUGUAAUUCUUUUUUUGGGUUUUUUUUAAAUUUUUUUUUUAUUCAAUCCAACUGACCGACUCAAUAUCACCAAACGCAUUUGACGCUAAACGGAAAAAAGGGGGGAUGACCUCACGGUCAAAGAUUUUCUUUGUUGCUAGCUAAGGAAGUAUUCUGUUGUUUCCCUCAAAUGAUAAUUUUCCUUAAGUAGGUCCAAUUCCUAUCGAAUCCACUAUUUUUGAAAGUUUUAGAGACUUUUAGACAGACUGAGGUAUGAGUUCUAGGCAGCAAAAGGGUUAUCCUCCCCCCCCCCCCCCGCCUCCGCUCACCCUCCUCUCCUCUCUCUACUCAAAUUUGGACAACCCAUGAAGACUAGGGUGCAGGUCAUAGUUUGUCUCGUUUUUAGGUAACAGAGAAGCGCUGGGGACAAGGGUGUGGCAACGUCACCCACCAUGAGUCAAAGCUCUUUUUUUUUCUUUUCUUUUCUUUGAUAAUAACCCGCUAAACUCUUUCCCUUCUUCUGAUAAGGUUUUUGUUUCUCCUCUUUCAGGUUGACGGAGAGUCCGGAAGAUCGCUCUCGUACAAUGAAAUCAAAGACUUGACUCAUCGAUUUAGUUCUGCUUUGGCCAGAAGAGGAUUUCAGAAAGGCGAUGUGAUGGCCAUUUAUCUUCCAAAUGUGAUUGAAUAUCCAAUCAUUUUCCAUGGCGUGGCGCGGCUCGGUGGUGUCAACACUACCAUCAAUCCACAGUACUCUCCCCAGGACCUCGCUCGUCAGCUGACCAGCUCCAGGGCAAAAUACCUCAUCACCAUGCCUUCUCUUGCAGAGAGGGCUUUCAGAGCCGGCGUAUUGAAAGAACUCCGCUCUGUUAUAGUUAUUGGCAAGGCGCAAGGUUGUGAAUCGAUUGCGUCUCUUCUACUAGACGAUGGGACAGCUUUCCCUAGCAACGUGAAAAUCAACCCAAUGGAGGAUCCAGUUUCUUUGCCUUUUUCAAGCGGCACGACUGGUAUUUCUAAGGGUGUGGUCAUCACACAUUACAACCAGGUAGCGCAAUUAUGUUUGCUGACUAGAGAUGGUCCUUCGCCGGUAAUAAGAACAUGGUUAAAUGUGCUGCCUUUUUUUCACACGUACGGCCUUACUAUUGCCAUGGGUCUGGCCCUCUAUUCUGGUGACAAGGUGGUCAUCCUUACAAGAUUUGACCCAGAAAUAUUUCUUCGCACCAUUCAAGACUACAAGGUUCGUAUCUGACUCACUCUACUUAAUAACACUUGAGUUCAUCCUUAUUGAGUUUUUUAUUUAUUUUUUUUUUAUAAAAAAAUGAUCAGUAGUUGGUGCUGUAGGUUAGGCAUUGCGCAGAGUACCACUCAAUAGUAUGGUUCGUUAGGCGAUGAUGGUUAGCAAAGUGGUUGUUGACAUCACCUUUCAUUAUCGCUCGCUUGUGUUCAGUCAAUCCUGUUGUGAGGUUUCUGCCAGUCACCCCGAUGUAGGAGGCGUGGCAGUCGGAGCAAGUGAUCUUAUAAGCCGCUCCAUGUCUGUUCCACGGUUCGUCCUUGUAUACGAUAUUUGUCAGUAACUCUCAAUAUUACCCAGUUAUACUCUACCACUGACGCUGCACCACAGUUUCUUUAGAAACUUACCCCCUUUAUUCAAAUGAAGUUUUGGUUUCCUUUCCGCGGUUGAAUUUUAAACGCUCGUGUCAACGUCCCUUUAUGAAGGCACUUGCGAAAGUUUUACUUUUCCCAAAGUGCUGACAAGGAGAAUUUGUGUAACAAUCAAGAAUUUCUUUAGUUGACGAUUAUUUCCAAUAUUUUUGUGACCUUAAUGUUUGAUAUUAUAAGGAGAAAUUAUAGGCUAGUUACUCUUAAGGGUUAAAUGGUAUAUUUUGAAUUUUUCUUUUUUUUAGGUGGCAAUUGCUCCUCUUGUUCCUCCGUUGGUGCUAUUUUUAUCCAAACAUCCCAUGGUAGACAAAUAUGACUUAUCAAGUCUGAAGGUCAUAUCUUCUGGGGCUGCGCCUCUAGGUGGAGACCUGGAAAUGAAUGCUGCCAAGAGGAUACCAAGUGCGCCAUUAGUUCGUCAAGGUCAGCACUUCUUUGUUUUAAUUUUCCUCACUUUGAUCGAGCUUUGAAGCGACGAGAGUACCUGUAUUUCACGUUUUACGUGAUUGUAAAAAAAUUGCGUAAUUAUAGACCCGCGAAAAAGAAUUAUCGCGCAAUUUAAACACGCGAAAUUGCAUCCCUUAUAGAAAAUUCAAAUCAAAGAAAAAAAGUGAUUUGAUCCAUUCUUCGAAGUCAAUUCCUUUCGAAUAAAGAAACGAAGGAUUAGAAGGCAUUAUUUACCUUUUCAUUCCGCUUUGCGAAGAAAACUCUGAGGAAAUCAACGCGAUUGUUACCUUAAAGCCUUUACGCAGUGAAUGAAACCAUGUCGUGUCACUGGAGGACACGACAUCGUGUCAUAAGGAAUUAUGGGUUGUAGUUGUUUGUCCGAUGUCCGGCUAGCAGGCUCAACUUCAAAAGUUCUUCCUUUUCAGCCCAUUUUCUGCGGAGUUUUGUCAGUCGAGAAUCCGUCGUAUUCCUCACUAAAUAACAACUGAAAAAAAGUGAUCGACGCGUAAUAACAACAACACACACAGGAUACGUAGGGACAAAUACACAAAUUUUUUAGUGGCCUUACUGAUAAGUUCUCUCUUGUAUCUUCCGUCGUGAAAUGACGUCAAUUUACAAAGAUUUCGCAUAUGGAGUAGAGAAUCUAGCGAUUCUCUUCAUCAUUUGAAUCGCUAGAUUCGUGCAGUCGUCAAAAGGUAACACAUUUUGCAAAAUGACAUGAAGUUUAGACCACUUGAAUUGCGAAAUUUAAUGCCCUUUUUCAUAUUUGCUUAUUGAAAGUCACGCGAAAUACCGUCACGCCAAAAUCGCGAAAUUAAAUGUAAUAAGGUAGCCUUUCCUCGGCUACCUGAGUCUCCCUAAAUCCUCGGUUCCAGUUUUCAAACGAUUUACCGCAUUCAAAUCAACAAACCCCUAGAUAAUUACUGUUCAUCAUAUGGAGAACAGUGUCUUGUAAAUUAUUGUAAUUGUGAGAUUUGCCUCGCCCCAUUUUCUCAUCGCUCUCUUUGGUAGGUUAUGGAAUGACUGAACUGACUUGUUCAUCUCAUGGCUUUGGGUCCAGAGAAAAACAUAAGGUUGGCUCCAUAGGGCGUCUGCUUCCAAAUCUAGAAUGUAAGGUGUGUGCCUAGAAUAGCUUGAAUAACAUGAUUAGAUAUUUUUUAUAACUUUUGGCUAAUUAACAACUAUUUACCGAAGCGGGGUGGUAAGUGGUGGAUAUUUAUCGAGCCACGAAGCGGCGAGGUAAAUAUCCACCGCUAGUCACCAACACUGAAGUGAAUAGUUGUCUUAGUAUAUACUAAAACAGUGAGAUAAUAUGGUACCAAAAGUUGAUUUUAGCUCAUCUAUUCUUACAACGAUUACAAUAUCAUCGGGCGCAAAUCCCGUGCACGUUUCUCAGACCUGAGUAGCAAAGGCGUUUUGGAGUUUGAGUAGCCAAUCACAGAGCGUCCUCAACGCUAUCCACUUUUUUAUUUGAUCAUAGUAUUUAGUAUGGUUUUAAUUCCUUAGAUUAUUGAUCCUGGAAGUGGCAAGAUUCUAGGACCAAACCAGGACGGAGAGAUAUGUAUCAAAGGACCAAUUGUUAUGAAAGGUAUCGAAGCUAUUAACACCUAGACUUUUCCAUUGAGAAAAUUAUUUUGGUAGAAACCUCGACCACCUUUUGUUAAAUUAAAACCGAGAAUACCUGGCUUACACCUUAUCAGUUCCCUCUGCAUCUGAAAACCAGAUGUUUAUGCUUGCAGAAGUUUCUGGGUAAAUAACCCUUUAGUUCCCAGAAGUGAUUAACGUUUAAUUUCUCCCUGUAAUAUCCACACAUUAUUCAGCAAACUGGUAAUGAGCAUUCUCAAACUUAUCAGGUUGAAGUUGUUCUUUUGAUCUAACACCAAAGUCUCAUAACCAAUUUACAAGGAAAUUUGUAGCAGCUAGAGGAGAGGACUGUGCGGCAACUACAACUACCCCACUAGUAAAACCAGAAGCACUGGCAGAAGCGUGCAAAACCUUUUUUUUUCUUUUUUCGUUAUGUUAGCAUUUCUGAAGGUAAAUGGACCAUGAUAACUUAGAUCUUUUCACCCGCAAGAAACUGAGAUAGACUCAGACUCAGCUUAAGUCUGUGGAUGGAACUAUGUGCAAGGCUUCUCUCCACAAGUUAAACAGAAAACCUUUUUUUUUUGCACAAAGCGGCUAUCGCUUUUGCCAAUAGAAAUGAGUGAUGCAGAGGUUUCAAAAAGCUUUUUCCAAGAGCGGCUGCCGAUGGUGUUAAGAGGCAGAUGUGCCCGGAAAAGGGGCUGUAAGGCAAAAUCCAAAUACGAGAUCCUGCUCGAGGUGAUGGUCGAUUAGUCCUUUACACCCUAACAUUAGUAAGGGUAUUCUUCUUAGUGAUCAUUUCCUAUAUUCUCGUGAGCUUAACCUGUGACUUUGGGGAGAUAUUUUAAGGAGAAAUUAGAUGUUCGUCACUCUUAGGGAUCAAAGGGUUAAACGACGGAUAACCGCAGAUAACACAACAAAUACUUUAUUAUUAAUCCAGAUGUAAGCACGUCAUGAUACAAAAACCGACUAACCAUAAUUCGUAGCGAACCUUAGCCCAGCAACAAAUAAGCAACACGAAAUGUCUCUUAAAGGAAAACGCUACACACGCCUGCCAAACAAACGUCGACAGGCGGAGAUCUUAUAGGCGGCUUAAGACCACCGGCAACCGGCUUUUAUCGAGACCGAUGGUGAUGUAUUUAAAAUCUUUUAGGUUAUUUGAACAACCCAGAGGCUACCGCGAGGACAAUUGACGCGGAUGGCUGGCUUCACACAGGAGACAUUGGACAUUACGACGAAGAUGACUAUUUCUUUAUUGUUGAUAGACUCAAGGAACUCAUUAAAUACAAAGGAUUCCAGGUAAUUUGUGCAACUGUUCUUCCGUGCAGAAUUCUUAAACGUAUCUGAGUUAAUAGCUAAUGAUCGAUAACUGAAGUUGAAUGAAUAUUCUCUCACUGGCCUUUGUAAACUAUCUCCGCCCACGGAUGCCAGUAUUUCCUUUUGGUCUUCUGUACUUCUUUGUCAGCGGUGUUGUCGAUAAAGAUACCAUAUCGCAACACAGCGGUCAAACGUUGGGCAUGCGCGAGGGGAUCUAUUCUGGUCUUCCGCGCCUAAUUUCAAAUGAAAAAAUGAGAAACAACUACCGAAACUGUCUCGCAGAGUCAGCGAAAUAGGAUUUAAACGCUCAUAGAAAUCUGCAAGAGGAAAAAAAACUAGGGCAAUGGAAAACUAGAGACUUAUUGAACACAAAGCCUUUUAAAGUACGGGUAUCCUGUCGAUUUACCCCUCUUUUUUGGGUCGCUUUACCAAAGGUUAUAUCCUGUGACUUACUGCUCCGUGUGGUAGUUUAGAACUCUUGAUAUUGUGAGACAACUUGGUUCUGCCAGCCUGACUAGUCAUUACAACAUUUGCAGAAGCGCAGACGUUUGACCGCUGUGUUUUAUGUUGCUAACAGUGAGCCUUGCAAUUUGUCUUUUAGGUUCCUCCGGCGGAGCUUGAAGCAUUAUUACUUUCCCACCCAAACGUGAGCGAUGUGGCAGUCAUCGGCAUUCCCGAUCUUGUGUCGGGUGAGCUUCCGAAAGCAUUCGUGGUUCGCCGUGGAGACAUAACGUCGGAAGAACUGAAGCAGUUUGUGGCCCGUAAAGUUCCGCCAGAGAAGAAACUCCGGGGUGGGGUGGAGUUUGUAGAAAAAAUACCAAAGUCAGCCAGUGGAAAAAUACUUCGACGUCUUCUCAGAAAGAAAGAGCAACAGAAGAGUCGUCUUUGAUUGCCCGAGUUGAGCGCACUUUUAUCAGUAAAACUUAUUGAUGUGGUGGGCUCCGAGAGCAGUCUGGAAGAAGCGAGUCUGAUUGACAACCCCGAGUGGGAUCACUCGCCUUGUUCCGCUUAAAGAAAUUUUUAGUUGUGAUCUAUACCGUAUGAUUAAUGUUAUACAUGAUUUCCUGGUUUAUUUACGUCCACUUCGUCUAGGUUAAUAAAAAUGUAAUUAUUUGGCCAAUCUAUAACCAUCUCGACCGAUGGAGCUCUGAGAAGAACAAUAUAAGAUCCUUAAAAUAGUAUGAAUGGCGUGAAUCACAC